AUGGCGGUGAAAUUAUUCUUGAAGAAGUGGAAGAGUGAAGAAAGAUUUCUUGAUUAUUUUUCAAGUGAAUGGUUAGGAUCGAAGAGCGGCUGGUAUGAAGGAUUGGAAUUGAAUUUACCGAGCACAAAUAAUGCCCUCGAGGCGACAAACCGGGUCGUAAAAGAUGAAGAUACGAUUCGAGAACGUUUACCAUUAUCAAGAUUCACAGUUAUCGUAUUUGAGGUAGUUGGUAAAUGGUCGAAAGAACGAAAUCCUACCCGUGUCAAUGCGAAAAAAUUCGAACAUGAACCUACAAUCACAUUAGCAUAUUGGGCAGAUGGGUACAACUGGGUUAAGUUAAACAAAGAAAUUAUAUCUAUUUCAAAAAGUGAUGAAACCAUUUACUAUAUACCUGCUGGCAAGGAAACUACAAUUACAGAGAAAGAAGAGCAAUCGAUCGAUCGUCUUUUCACAUUACGUCAACAACAGUUAGAAAUAUUCGAGGCAAUGACCACCUUUGAAGAACAAAUCGUCUGCAUGAGAUUACUAACGUCAAUCAAUAUUCCAGAAGAAAUGGCCUUCAUUAGUGAGACGAAUCUUCGACUAUGUGUCGAUAAGAACGAUCGUACCAAAUCACGAAAUGAGAAACGAGAACGGAUUGCAAGCAUUUUGGAAAACUAUGAAUCGAAUAUUGAAGCGAAUGAAUUUGAAUAUCGAAAAGAAUUAUUUCAAUUCGAAUAUGACCUGUCCCAUCCGGCUGAUUCCAUCGAUAAUUUAAUGAGUUGUCUCGAAGAGUAUCUCAACCAUCGAACUCAAAAGUACAUGCGUCUCAUCCGUUACAAAGAAGCACGCUUUCGCGUGAGAUUGAAACAACGACGUCAUCUCAAGUCAUCGUCAUCAUCAAUGUCAGCGAGCCAAUCCAUCAGCGUCUAUCCAGAAGCCAUCAUUGAAACAUCUGGAAGUCUGUUCACGCAUCAAGAGUUCGCUUUUCUUUCGUCUACAGGUGGCCCCAGUUACAUCAGGCCCAAUCAAAGUUUUCUUUAUCACAAGAAGAAAAUUCGAAAAAGAACCACGAUGGAGCUAGAUGUGAUCAAUGACAAGCUGAUCACUUACCUGCAUCAUAAUCAUGGCAUUCCACCUAGAUCAAUUAAUGUGAAGCAAAUAACAGGCCAUAUCGAAGCCCUCUUCAAUGAGCGCUACACCACGUCCCUCUCGUACCUUGAUCAAUAUCGUGUUCGACGAGAUGUCAAAUUAAUCCAAUCCAUCGAACGUAAACUGAAGAAGAGCAAUAGCGUCAUUCGUGUGACUGACAAGAGUCACGUUUUCCACAUUGGUCAAGCGACCGACUACAACAGCAAAGUCGCUCAGUAUCAAAUGGACACCAAGGCAUACGUACAACUACCAUCCAAUCAAUUGAUGGAUACUUUCUACAAAGUUGUUCGUAUGUUGAACGAUCUUCGUUCAAAACAACAAAUUAGGCAGUGGCAACUCAUCAAAAUGAUGCCCGAUCAGAAAAAAAUCAAAUUGGCUCACUUGUAUUUCAUUCCCAAACCACACAAGGAAGGUAGACCGUUGCGACCCAUCGUUGCAUCCAUUCAUGCGCCCACUACUGGCAUUUCGAGCAUGUUAGAUCGAUUGAUUCGACCCUUGUUCGAUGAAUAUGUUGCACAAACGACUAUCAUCGAUGGUGUUCAUCUCAUUCGCCGUCUCGAAAAGUACCCAGUGCGGUAUAUAUACAGUCACUUCCACAAAUUCUUUCGAACCUAUGCCAUCCAGUCAACAUCCAUUGUGCCAAUGAUCCAUGACGAAAAUGAGUUCCAUCAGUUGCGUCAACAGUUACUAGCUCAACCGACGAAGGCUGAGCACGGACGAGCAGCUCGAAUUGCCAGUCAAAUCGAACAUGAUUCUCCGAAUCUGGUCGCUGAUCCGUUAGUGAAACAGAAGUUUCUCAAGCGCAAGUCAAGUGUCUAUCCACUGAUUGUUCAUCAUACACAUGAAAUACGAUUCAAACACUACAAGUCACGCAUACAUCAAGGAUGGAUUCAAGCUUCCGAAAACACUCCGGUGAUGGAUACCAAGCUUAUUGUUGGGACGAAAAACAAUCUCAACCUCGAGAAAGAAUUAGUCCGCAAGAGUCCUGAUCAACCGGAACACAAACCAGUCGCAUAA